AUGGUUGACUGGGUCAGCCUCGCGAUACCCUUCGCCUACCUUGGCAUUCUAAUCGGAUCUCUCGCGACCUUCUCGUCUCUCUACCGUAAAAGGAAAUCAGUACGAGCCCUAUCUCUCGCUCCAUGGUUCCCAUCCCAUCUCCAACGAGACAUCUACUUCUCCCUUCUCCACCUCGAGCAACCGACAUCAUCAGCAGGAGGGAAAGAAAAGAAAAUUACCGCCGUGCCUGAAACAGUCCUCAAAGCCGCGCUCUUGCGUCGGGCCGCAGAAGAUAUAAAGCGUGUUAUUGCCAUUCGAGACCAGAAACAGGCUCUGUCCUUGUUGUUGCAGAGAGGUAGUGUGGGCGAUGAUCUGUGGCAGCGAUUUUUGAGGGCGGAGAAGGAGAUGGAGGAGGAAGUGCGUGAUGUUGUCAGCGAGGCAAACGCCUACGCCCCAAACUGGGGCCAAGUCAUCUUCCAAUCGGCGCGCGAAAUGGAUCAGAACAACCUCUUCCGUCAACGCAUAGAUGAGUAUCAGUCCAAGGUCGGCGAAGAGGUGGAAUGGUGGACGAGACGCAGGGCGGAGAUUCAGGAGGGUUUUAUGAAGGAGUUGGAUGCUGAGAAGGGUGCAACUACUACCACUCCUGCUGCUCCUGUGGCUGCAGCAGCAGCAGCAGCUACGCCGGUUAAAAGUGAAACAGCAGUGGCAGCGGCGCCACCGUCAGUAACGGCUGUCAGUGAUGAUGAUGGUGUUUUGGUGGAGGCCGAAGUACCCAAAGUCAACAGUGGGACGAGCAGUGUCAAGAAGAAGAAAAAGGGCAAGAAAUAG